AUGAUGUCCAUGGCUGUUGCUACUGUUGCCACUGCAGUUGGCUUUUACUUGUACAGACGUAAAUCUUGUCAAAUCGAUUUUCCUCUUGAUCGUUAUUUACAUGAACAAUCUAUAAUAAAGAGCGAUGAAGCAAAUUGUCGAACUUUUGUUGCGCACACAUCCGUUCCUAACUCAUACUCUAGUUUGUCUACUGUUUGUGAAUUAUUUUGCUGUGGACUUAGAUCUUCAGGUAACUCACCUUGUUUGGGAAGACGAGAAAAUUGCAAAAAGGAAUACGAAUGGAUUACUUAUAAUCAGGUUAAAGAUGAAAUCUGUGUUGUGCAGUCAGCUCUUCAUGCACUUGAAAUUGAAGGCUUAAAUGGAAAUCAUUUUGUUGGUAUUUCAUCAAAAAAUUCCCCUGAAUGGAUCAUCAUUGAAUUGGCUUGUGCAUUCUCCGGCUAUACCGUUGUACCUCUAUAUGAUACUUUGGGCGAAGAAGCUGUUUUGAGUAUUGUCAAACAAACGAAGCUUCAGGUGUUGUUUUGUGAUUCAACUGAAGUGGUACAACGCCUUAUUAAAUCUUCUCCAGAAAGCCCACGAUACAUUAUAUUACUUCCCUACGCAUCGAAAAGCACAAACUAUCAACUUAUUUCGUCUGAAAAUACCUCAAUAAAAACUUACACCUAUGAAACGUUUUUGGGAUUGGGUUCAAAUAAGUUCAAUUGUAAUAAAACUCCAAAACCUGAAGACUUGUUUAUGAUUUGCUAUACAAGUGGAAGUACAGGUAUACCUAAGGGAGUGAAAAUCACGCACCAGUGUAUCGUGAAAACCAUUCAGAGUUUAUUUCAACGGAUUGAAGGCAAUUUUUUCAACAGUAGUGCUGCACACUUAUCAUACUUACCUUUGCCUCAUGUGAUGGAACAAUUGGUUUCUCUUGUCGGUCAUGCAAAACCUAGUUGUACAAGAUAUCGUCUACUUGAAGAUGCCUACAACUUAUAUUUUCCCUAUUGCUAUCAUUAUUACAGUAUUGUCUACAACCAGAAAAGUAUUUGGGAUUUCCUAUUCUUCAAUAAAAUCAAACGAAUUUUGGGUGGUCAUGUCCAGUGUAUCGUAUGUGGCAGUGCACCUGCUCCGUUUGAAAUUAUUCGUUUUACGCGAGCUGUUUUUGGCUGCCCAGUGUUGAUAGGGUACGGAUUGACUGAAUCUUGUGGUGUUGUUAGUAUCACAUUAUUUGGUGAUACUAAACCAGACCAUGUGGGCGCACUUAUUCCAGGAGUUUCGGUUAAAUUAACAGAUAUUCCGUCUAUGGACAUCUAUGUGGAUAAGAUGAAGAUCGGCGAGGUUUGUGUUAAAAGUGACCAUUGUACAGAAGGCUAUUAUGAUGAUGAAGCCAACACAAAAGAGUUGAUUGACAAAGAUGGAUGGCUGCAUACGGGUGAUGUUGGCACUUGGACUGAAGAAGGUGCUUUGCGAAUUAUCGACAGGUGUAAAAAUGUAUUUAAGCUAUCCCAAGGGGAAUAUGUCGCACCGGAGAGGCUGGAAAACAUCUACCUGCUUAGUCCACUGAUUGAACAGAUUUUCGUCGAUGGUAACUCACUAUACAACUUUCCAGUAGCCAUAGUCGUACCAAAUGUGAAAGAGUUGACAAAACUGUUAUCGAACAAAUCGAAUUCAGAUGGUGUAUCUCUGGAUGCCAACAACAACAAGACCAAACAUAAGUUGAUCGUUGUUUCAGAAUUAGAACGAAUAGGAAGAAAGGAAAAGUUGAAAGGAUUUGAGAUUGUCAAAGCCGUUUAUCUAUCAUCUAAUCCAUUUACUGUGGAAAAUGGUCUGCUGACAGCUAACAUGAAACUUGCCAGAUCGCAACUGCGCAAAACAUUUGGUGAAGCAUUGCGUCUGUUAUACGAAGAAACCUGCGUUUAA